AUGCAACGCUUUGAAGAGAUACACCUACCUCCUGACCCGGUAUUUCCAGACGAACUAGCGGAGCUUGGAUUCUUUGUCACUGAAGAUGACAAGAUCCGAGUCAUCGAGAGCCCUGGGCAGGCUCCACGGUACAAGAUUGACCGCAAUGAUCGUGUGAACAAGGUCCAUAUUGAGGCCUUGCACAGCGCUAUCCACAGGAUCAUUGCUGACCGACUGACCAGAAUGUCCAUGAAUCCUUAUCCCAUUCCGGCUGACGGUGUCGCUAAGUCAACCGCCCCUGUCUUCGUAAGCGACAACAUCUCCACUGCUUCUCGCAUCGUUGUUUUUAUCGGCGAGCUUGUUGAAGACUUGGGUCUGUUUUCUUACCGUGAAGCCUGUGACGAAGGCAUUUCAUUCGGUUCCGUUCUAGACUUGACAAAGGCUGUGCUAGGCGAAAAUCCUGAGAAUUCCGCGAAUGCCCUCAUCUUGGCCAACCCCGGUCAGCGGGUCUGGCACAACGCCAGCGGUAGCCCCUUGACUGUUGAAUCUUUCCGCAACAGGGCUCAACACUCUGCUGUUGUUCGCGAGCGUCCGAUGAGCCUUCGCAACGCGGUGGAAAGCAACACCUCUCUUCCUGAACAUACCAAGUAUGUCUUCGAGAGGAUAUUGUUGCCUUCCCUUCCGCUCGGCGUUAAAGUCGAUAUCAUCGGCCUGUCUGAGGGAGGAUACGCUGCUCUUAUGUAUCUGAAAAAGAAUUGGAUGUCCUGGUGGCCCCACAUAUCCAGCAUCGGGCUAGUCAACCCAGAGCAGGUGGCCGACGUGGACUUUGACUUUACAGAGUUGAAGAACCCAAAGUCAUUCGUUUCCUUUGUUCGAGAGCGUGGACGCGCCUGGGUUCUUUCCAGUCAGCCUCUUGGCGCACGUGAGGUUGGCCUGGGUAUGCAUGGUUGUAACUGCUACUCUAGCGGCGAAGACAAGAGGAUUGCCUGCAUGGUUUCUCGUGCUUUGGCUCAUAUCAUGGCUUGGGCGAAUCUCAUGCAUAGCAUACCGUCUUUGGCGGAGGAUAUCGUCGUGGUCGAGGGUGAACCGAAUCCAAGCAGCAAGGUGAUCAGCGCCAUGCUUGGCAUGGACAUUGAUGAAGAUGAGACCACCAAUGGAGAUGAGGAUGAGAUGCCCGACAAUGCUAUUCUUGAGGGGCUGGAAGGUUUCGUGAAUGGUCUGGCGCUUAAGUCAAACUUGGUCUCCUUCGGUGCUUUGGCCGCGGACGAUACAACUGAGGCCGGCGAAAACAAGCUUGUUUACGACAAUGAUGAUAUUAUCGAUGAGACGCCUGACGGGGAGAAUUCUGACGAUUCCGACGUUACGGUAGUCCAUGAUCCCCAACCCUCAUUCAACAACAUUGUCACUAGGCAACAACCACAAUAUGGAGAACCUGAAGAAUCUCCACGACAUUCGAGAGGACACUGA